AUGCCAGAGAGUGGGACAGGAGUUAGCGUGGAGGCUGUGGAUCAUGUCUUCCAGACCAAUAUGCUUGAUAUACUAAAGCAAACUGGCAGACCCAAGAUGGUGGUUGGUUGGUAUCAUUCACAUCCAGGUUUUGGGUGUUGGCAUUCUGGCGUUGACAUCCAUACUCAGCAGAGUUUUGAAGCUUUAAAUAAAAGAGCAGUUGCAGUGGUGGUGGAUUCCAUUCAGUGUGUUGUGGUGAUUGAUGCCUUCAGACUGAUUAACCCCCAAACCAUGAUGCUUGGCCAAGAGCCAAGACGGACAACAGCCAAUCUGGGAUAUCUAUUGCUAAUGUGGGAAGUUGAGUUGCCGCCAGAAAAGAUAGCUAUUGCUAAUGUGGGAAGGCGAGAGACGCAAAGAAGCAUCUCAAGGAGCAUGUCUCAAACUUGA